AUGGGACGCCUUGUUGGAUUGGAAUUGUCCAAUUUUAAAUCUUACAAAGGAACCGUCAAAAUUGGGUUUGGAGAUUCUAACUUCACAAGUAUCAUCGGUCCCAAUGGUUCAGGUAAAUCAAACAUGAUGGACGCCAUCUCUUUUGUCCUAGGGGUAAGGUCGAAUGACCUAAGAUCUAGUGGAAUGAAAGAUCUCAUCCAUAGAAGUGUUCGUGAUUCUCAAUCAUCAAAUGAUGACCCCACAUCGGCUUACGUUAAGGCCUUCUAUAAAGUUACAGAUGCGAGUGAAAUUACUGAAUUAAUGAGAAUAGUAAAUCUUUCAGGUGAAACCAUUUACAAAAUUAAUGGUAAAACGACCUCCUUUAAAAAUUAUUCAGAUUGGCUAGCAAAGGAAAAUAUCUUAAUUAAAGCUAAAAACUUCCUUGUGUUCCAAGGUGAUGUAGAGACAAUAGCUUCACAAUCCUCAUUAGAAUUAACUAAACUAUUUGAACAAGUCUCAGGUUCCAUCCAAUACAAAAAAGAGUAUGAUCUUUUAAAAGAAGAUUUGAAUAAAAUAAACCGUCUCACUAAUGAUGCAAUUAAAAAUAGAAGAAGAAUUAAUGGUGAAUUAAAAAUUUAUAAAGAAGGAAUUAAAAAAAAUAAUCAAUAUAAUGAACAAAUCAAUAAUAUCAUUCAAUUGAAAAAAUUUUUUGUUCUUUUACAAUUGUAUCAUCUCUCAAAUGAAAAAUCAACUUUUGAAAAAAAUUUGAAAAAAAUUUUAGUAGAUUUCGAUGAAUUAAAUGAUACAAAUAAAGAAUUUCAAUCAAAUUUAUCUAAUUUGAAAAAAAUAUUUAUAAAAGAAGAUCUUUUAAUUAUAAAACAAAAUUCACUAAUUGAUCAAAAAUUGAAAAAUUUAAAUCAAUUAAAUAAUAAAUUUUUACCCAUCAAGAUCUCAUCUAAAAAUUUAAAUAAAAAAAUUAAAAAUUCAAAUAAAAUUUUAGAAAAUUUAGAUCUUGACAUAACAAGACAAUUAGAUUCUAUUAAAUUAUUAGAAAAAAAUUUAAGUACCAUUAAAUUGACAUAUGAUAAUUUUAAACUAGAAAUUAAUCAAUCAAAUGAAAAAAAUUCUACUUAUCAAUUUAAAGAUUCUAAUGAUGAAUUAGAGUAUUCUAAUUUAAAUGCUAAAUAUUUAAAUAAUGGUGGGUUUGAAUUAGAAGAAAAAUUAAAUUUAUUAAUUAAUGAAAAAAAUGAAAUUAUUGAUCAAAAAUUAAUUGUAGAAAAAUUAAUUAAUAAUUCAAAUGAAAAAAUCUUAAAUGAAUUUAAUAUUAAUAUUGAUUCUUUAAAUUUAAAAAUUGAAGAUUUAAAUUCAAAUUUAACAGAAAAAAAUUCCACUGUAAAAGCGAAGAUCAAAUCCUUAAAAUCUUUACAAUCAAUUAUAGAAUCAUCAAAUAAUAAAGAAUAUGAUUUAAAUUUUAAAUUAAGAGAUACCCUUUUAAAAUUAGAUAAUAUCAAUGCUACAAAGAGAGAAUCGAAUAAAGAAAAAAAAUUAAGAGAAAACGUUUUAACAUUGAAAAGAAUUUUCCCUGGUGUUAGAGGCUUAGUUCAUGACUUAUGCCAUCCUAAAAAGGACAAAUAUGCUUUAGCUAUCUUAACAAUCUUGGGUAAAAAUUUCAAUUCCGUUAUUGUAGAUUCAUUAUCUGUUGCGCAAGAAUGUAUUUCUUACUUGAAAAAACAAAGAGCAGGUAUAAUUUCUUUUAUUCCCUUAGAUACUAUUGAAGCUCAAAUUCCUUCAUUACCAACAAUUAUUCAAAAUAAUCCCAAAUAUAAUAAUGAUUCAAAUUGUAUUUUAACAAUUAAUGCCAUUGAAUAUGAACCUGAAUUUGAAAGAGCUAUGCAAUAUAUUUGUUCAAAUUCCAUUAUUUGUGACAAUUUAGACAUUGCCAAGGAUUUGAAAUGGAAUCAAAAUGUUAAAAACGUUAAAUUUGUUACAUUAGAUGGUUCUAUAAUCCACAAAUCAAACUUAAUGACCGGUGGUGCAUCAAAAAAUUCAAUGCAAAGUAAUAAUAGAUGGGAUAAGGAUGAAUAUUCUAGUUUAAUGACUUUAAAGGAUAACUUGAUUUUAGAAAUAGAAACCAUUAGCAAAGAAAAUAAAUUAGCCUCAAUUAAUUCAAGAGAGUUAGAGACAGAAAUUUCUUUAUUAAAUUCAGAAAUUACCAAUUUAAAGACUCAAUUAACUCAAUUAACUAGAAAUUUAAAGGACAACAAUACUGAAUUACUUUAUCAUCAAAAUUUAAUUAAACUAGAUUAUGAUCCUAAAUUAAAAGAUUUAAACCAUAAAAUUAUUGAUAUAGAUUCAAAGAUGAAGAUUAUUGAAGAUGAAAGAGAAUCUUUAGAAAAUGAAACAUUUAAAGAUUUCGAAUUAAAAAUUGGAUUUUCCAUUAAAGAUUAUAAAAAAUAUUCUGUUAAUAUAAUCACCGAACAAUCUAAAGAUUUACAAAAACUAGCAAAGGAUAUUUUAAACAUUGAAAAUAAAUUACAAUUUGAAAAAGAACGUCUUGAAUCUACACAACUAAGAAAAGAAAAGACACUUGCUAAUAUUGAAAAAUACAAUCAAGAAUUAAAUGAUUUAACAGAACAAGAGAAUCAAUUAAAUAUUCAAAAAGAAAAUGAUUCUAAAUUAAUAGAAAAAGAAAAAACAGAAUUAAAAGAAAUUGAAAAAAAUAUUCAAAAUAAAAAAAUUGAAAUUAAUGAAAAAGAAGAAGUAAUCAAACAAAAUCAAAAUGAAUUAAAUUCUAUCCAAAAAAAAAUUGAUGCUUUAAACGAAAAUAUUUCCAAAAUUGAUUUAGAAAGAAUUGGUAUAUUAAAAAAUUGUAAAAUUUCCAAUAUUGAAAUUCCAAUCACAUCAGCUGUAAAUUUAAAUAAUUUACCAAUUGAUAAGAUUGAUGAUGAUGCCAUAUUAAUUUCGAAUGAUAUUAAGGUUAGCUUUAAUGAAUUAUCGAAAAAAUACAAGAAAAAACAAGAUUAUGAAAAAAAUCUAGAAGAUAUUUCUAAUGAAAUAAAAGAAACAGAAGAUAUUUUAUUAGAAUUACAACCAAACGCAAAGGCUCAUGAUAGACUUGAUGAAGCUAAGGAUAAAUUUGAAGUAAUAGAUAAUGAAACAGAAACUUUAAAGACGGAGGAAAAGGAAAUUUUGACUAAAUUUUUAAAUAUUAAAAAGAAAAGAAAAGAAUUGUUUGAAAGUUGCUUUGACUUUGUUAAUGAACAUAUUGAACCAAUUUAUAAAGAAUUAACUAAGGACCCAAAUUCAACAACAGAGCUAGGCGGUGGCCAAGCAACUUUGACUUUAGAAGAUGAAGAUGAACCAUUCAACGGAGGUGUUAAAUAUCAUGCAACUCCUCCAUUGAAACGAUUCAAAGAUAUGGAAUAUCUGUCUGGUGGUGAAAAAACAGUAGCCGCAUUAGCUUUGCUAUUUGCUAUCAAUUCAUAUCAACCAAGUCCAUUUUUUGUAUUAGAUGAAGUAGAUGCAGCUUUAGAUCAUACAAAUGUCGAAAGAAUUGCAGCAUACAUCAGAAAGCAUGGCAAUAAGGAUCUACAAUUUAUUAUUAUUUCGUUAAAGAAUACGAUGUUCGAAAAGUCAGAUGCAUUGGUAGGUGUCUUUAGACAACAAACUGAGAAUAGUUCCAAGGCACUUACUCUAGAUCUGAAUAAAUAUGCAGAUUAA